AUGGUUUACCACAUUGCGCAGACUGUCAAUUUAGGAUCCAUGGAGAAUACCAAUCACCGGGAACAUGCUACAGCAGGGUCCACUAAUACAUCCGGAACCCCAGUGGUACUGUUUGACCGUCUGGGUCUUGAACGGAGGAGACUCCUAGAUUGUGACUAUUCAGAGAAGGUCAUGAGCACCAUCCUGGAGGUGUGCAAGCUGGUUACUAGACGCAUCUAUACCAUGUCAUGGAAGACCUUUGUACGAUGGUCUCACAGGAAAAAAGUGGACCCCCUCAGCUCAGGAGUCAACAAGAUCUUAGAGUUCCUCCAGGAGGGAGUACGCUUGAAGUUGUCUGCAUCCACUCUCAGGCGCCAAGUGGCCGCCAUAUCCACCGUCAUUCCCUUCUCGGAAGGUGUUCCUACCUCGCAACAUCGAGACAUCAUCGCCUUCCUAAAAGGGGUCACUCAAAUCAGACCACCUAUGGUACACCGUUUCCCCACAUGGAAACUUAAUCUAGUCCUAAAGGCUUUUAUCUCAGAACCCUUCGAGUCUCUGAGAACGAUAUCUUUAAGGUUCCUUCGCAUGAAGGUCCUAUUCUUGACUGCGAUCACCUCAGCUCGCCACGUCUCAGAGCUACGAGCACUGUCAAUCAACAAAGGUCUUUGUGUAUUCCUCAAGGAGAAAUUGGUCUUAAGACCAGACCCUACCUUUCUUCCGAAGGUGAAUUCUACCUUCCACAGAUCCCAAGAGAUAUCUUUGCCUUCAUUUUGUCCAAAACCAUCAUCCCCAACUGAGAGAACCUGGCACUCAUUGGAUCUUAGACGGGCUAUUCGAAUUUUCAUCACCAGAAUGGCAGAGUUCAGAAAAUCAGACUCUAUGUUCAUCAAUAUCUCCAACCCCAACAAGGGGUUAAGAAUGUCAACAGCCUCCAUCAGCUACACCCUGAGGCAGUGUAUAGUGGAAUAUUAUAAAGCCUCCAAGGUUCUGGUCUCUGGCGCUUCCACCAUUGGGCGUAUUGUGAAGGUGCCAGCUGGCCCCUUAGUACGAGUUGAGGGCACAGAAGUGAGGAUUCCCUGCAACGUUACUCAGUAUGAUGGACCCAGUGAGCAGAACUUUGAUUGGGAGUUCUCUACAAACCCUGCUCAGGGCUCUAAUUUAGUAAAUGUAGUAAGUACUUGGGAUCCUACAUUCACGUCUCAGGAAUAUCAAGACCGAGUGACUGGUGGAGACAUCAUGUUGAGGCGCAACAGCAACAAUGCUGUGGAACUUGUGAUUGGAAGCAUUCGUCCUACAGACCAAGGGAUGUAUCGUUGCACUACACCCAGCACUGAUUCUGUCUUUCAUGGAAAUUACAAUGCUGUAGUCGAAGUCAAAGUGAUUGCAGAUGGCUUAACUGUGAUUGGGUCAAAAGCACGGUCCGCUUGGAACUUAUCAGAAGGAGAUCCGUUUCAGUUGCGCUGCUCAGCUUCCACCAAUUCCUCGGAACACACCCAUCUUCAUGUUUCUUGGGAAUUCAAGAAUGGCCUUGUGUGGCAAGAAAUCCUUUCUUUGACGCAUGAGAGCAAGUUGCAGCCUGGCCCAGAAUAUAACGAGCGCUAUAUCAGUGGCGACGUGCGUUUAGAUGCCAUGGCCAAUGACAUUUAUCGCUUGUCUGUGUCUCAGGCUCUUCCAUCAGAUGAGGGUGCCUACAGGUGUCGAGUGAGUGAGUGGGUUAAAGAUGCUGAUGGUUCAUGGCAAAAGAUCCAAGAAAAAAGUGUGGCUGUAGCUAAUGUUGUGGUGCAGCCAACAGCUUUAGGCGUCUUCAUCACCAGAACUAAUGUGUCUGUGACAGAGAGAGACUCCCUCUACCUCACCUGCAACUUCACAACGGAUAGAAGUGGGAUUUACCAAGCAGAGGUCACAUGGUACUACAGUGAGUCACCUGAUGGCCCUAUGGAAGAUGCUCAGAUUUUGCUGAGUGCAGACCGUGACUCUGUAAUUAGUGACUCUACUCUCAUCAGCCUCAGCCAUGUAGACCGAAGUUCUUACCACCUGUUGGUACGCGACAUGAGCAUUGAAGAUUCUGGCUACUACUUCUGCCAAGCAGCUCUGUGGGUGCCACAGUACAAUGGCAGCUGGCACAAGGUAGCAGAGAGAACCUCUGUGCCAGUCCCUGUGGAAGUGACUGCAUUAGAGCCGAAUUACCAUGUGUUUCUUAAUGCUUCUAAAAUGCCAAAGUUUGCAGAGGAUCCCACAGAACUGGAGUGUAGGAUCACUGAAGUGCAAAACGGAGAAGCAAAUGUACGUUACACUGUAUCUUGGUACUACAGACUGCCUUUACGUAGUGACGAGGUGGUGAAAGAUGAACUUCUCGCCACCAUGGAUGCAGACUGGAUGCUGGUAGUUGGGGAGAGGAGCAAACAGCGAGCCCAGAAUGGGGAAAUAAUUUUCUCGAAGCCAGCCGUGGACACUUUCCGCUUGCGAAUCCAGUGGACCUCAGAGGCAGAUAGAGGAGAGUAUUAUUGUAUAAUAUCUUCAUGGAGCAGGCAGCGCAACAACAGCUGGAUAAAGAUCAAGGACGUGGCUUCUAUGCCUGUAAGCAUUUUAUGGUCUACGCAAGAUUAUGCACUGACUGUAGAAGCUGUGAAGCUGAAGCCGUUCUUCAUGGCCGGGCACACCUUUGAAAUGACUUGCAAGGUGUCUUCCCGGAACAUCAAAACGCCUCGUUACUCAGUCCUCAUUACAGCGGAGAAGCCUCUGAAUGACCAUUCAAGCGCUAAUGGAACCAUGCGCAUCAUUUCCCUCAACCAAGAUUCAGUGGUCAGACGGGAAGAUUGGACGGACCAGGACCGGGUGGACGGCGUGGUCUUAGAGAAGGUCCAGGAGAAUGAGUUCCGCUACAGAAUGUACCAGACACAGAUUUCUGACGCUGGGUUGUAUCGUUGUGUGGUGACUGCAUGGUCACCAGGGGGUGGAGGCAUGUGGCGAGAGGCAGUCAAUGGUUUAUCCAACCCCAUCCAGAUAGACUUCCAGACCUCAGGUCCUGUUUUUAAUGCCUCGGUCCAUUCGGAUAAUCCAACAGUUUAUCGGGAUGAGCUAGUGAAUUUACUUUGCAUCAUAACCAUUGAAGGAACAGCGCUCGAUCCAGAUGACAUGUCCUUUGAUGUCUCCUGGUUUGCUGUGCGCUCUUAUGCAAUGGACAGACCCCCUGUUUUCCUCGCUUCCUUGGAUCGGAAAGGAAUUGCAACCCAGGCCAGAAGAAAUGGGAGCAGUGACGUCAGCCUGGCAAGAAUUGCCCCCCUGGAGUUUCAGUUUAGGAUUCACGGCUGUGAGGAUCAAGACUUUGGUAAUCAUUACUGUGUGGUAAUCCCAUGGGUGCGGUCAGCUGCGGGAGUCUGGCGACAGGAGAUGGAGGUCAAAUCCAAGCCCAUCUUUGUGACAGUGAAAAUGGAUGUGCUGAAUGCUUUCAAAUUUCCACUGUUGAUUGGCAUCGGCCUGGCCACACUCAUUGGACUCUUAUCCUGUCUGAUUGGCUACUGCAGUUCCCGCUGGUGUUGCAAGAAGGAAGUUCAAGAAACAAGGCGAGAGAGACGCCGGCUGAUGUCUAUGGAGAUGGACUAAGCAGAACGAUGAGAGGUGGUUGCAAACAUUUCGGGAAGGAUUUUUGGCAGGCCUAAGCCCGCCCUGCGACCUGAGCGUGUUGCAUCAAAAUGCCCCAGUAACAAAAUUGUCUGAUCUUGUCCUGGACUUAGGAGCUGCUCCUUUUCUCCCCGUUUCACGUUGAGAGCGCACGUCAUGUUUGUCAGCCUUCCGCCCGUCUUCCAGUG